GGCACCCGGUCCUAGGCGAAUGAACCCCCCGAGCCGCGAGGGAGAGAAAUGAAGGGAAUUCCUACAGCGGAAUGAAAGCUCUGCAGCUAGGUCCUCUCAUUUGCCAUUUGUCCUUUCAAACUGCAUUGUAAUACGGCCGGGGAUGACUUCCUUGCUGCAGCGGCCCUGGCGGGUGCCCUCUCUUCUGUGGACCGUCCUGUUGGUCAGCACUGCGGCCGCUUCUCAGAAUCAAGAACGUCUGUGUGCAUUUAAAGAUCCCUAUCAAGACCUUGGGAUAGGUGAGAGUCGAAUCUCUCAUGAAAAUGGAACCAUAUUAUGUUCAAAAGGUAGCACCUGCUAUGGUCUCUGGGAAAAAUCAAAAGGGGACAUAAAUCUUGUAAAACAAGGAUGUUGGUCUCACAUUGGAGAUCCCCAGGAGUGUCACUAUGAAGAAUGCGUAGUAACUACCACUCCUCCCUCAAUUCAGAAUGGAACAUACCGUUUCUGCUGCUGUAGCACAGACUUGUGUAAUGUCAACUUUACUGAAAAUUUUCCACCUCCAGAUACAACACCACUUAGUCCACCUCAUUCAUUUAACCGAGAUGAGACAAUAAUCAUUGCGUUAGCAUCAGUCUCUGUAUUAGCUGUUUUGAUAGUUGCCUUAUACUUUGGAUACAGGAUGCUGACAGGAGACCGUAAACAAGGUCUUCACAGUAUGAACAUGAUGGAGGCAGCAGCAUCAGAGCCCUCUCUUGACCUAGAUAAUCUGAAACUUUUGGAGCUGAUUGGCCGAGGUCGAUAUGGAGCAGUAUAUAAAGGUUCCUUAGAUGAGCGUCCUGUUGCUGUAAAAGUAUUUUCCUUUGCAAACCGUCAGAAUUUUAUCAAUGAGAAGAACAUUUACAGAGUGCCUUUGAUGGAACAUGAUAGCAUUGCUCGCUUUAUAGUUGGAGAUGAGAGAGUCACUGCAGAUGGACGCAUGGAAUAUUUGCUUGUGAUGGAGUAUUAUCCCAAUGGAUCUCUAUGCAAGUAUCUUAGUCUCCAUACAAGUGACUGGGUAAGCUCAUGCCGCCUGGCUCAUUCUGUGACUAGAGGACUGGCUUAUCUUCAUACAGAAUUACCACGAGGAGAUCAUUAUAAGCCUGCAAUUUCCCAUCGAGAUUUAAACAGCAGAAAUGUUCUGGUGAAAAAUGACGGAACCUGUGUUAUUAGUGACUUUGGGUUGUCCAUGAGGCUGACUGGAAAUAGACUGGUGCGCCCAGGGGAAGAAGAUAAUGCAGCCAUAAGUGAGGUUGGCACAAUCAGAUAUAUGGCACCGGAAGUUCUAGAAGGAGCUGUGAACCUGAGGGACUGUGAAUCAGCUUUGAAACAAGUAGACAUGUAUGCUCUUGGACUAAUCUAUUGGGAGAUAUUUAUGAGAUGCACAGACCUCUUCCCAGGUGAAUCUGUACCAGAAUACCAAAUGGCUUUUCAGACAGAAGUUGGAAACCAUCCCACAUUUGAAGAUAUGCAGGUUCUGGUGUCUAGGGAAAAACAGAGACCCAAAUUCCCAGAAGCUUGGAAAGAAAACAGCCUGGCAGUGAGAUCACUCAAGGAGACAAUAGAAGACUGUUGGGACCAGGAUGCAGAGGCUCGGCUUACUGCACAGUGUGCUGAGGAGAGGAUGGCUGAACUUAUGAUGAUAUGGGAAAGAAACAAAUCCGUGAGCCCAACAGUCAAUCCAAUGUCUACUGCUAUGCAGAAUGAGCGCAACCUUUCACACAAUAGGCGUGUGCCAAAGAUUGGCCCUUAUCCAGAUUAUUCUUCUUCCUCAUACAUUGAAGACUCCAUCCAUCAUACUGACAGCAUUGUGAAGAAUAUUUCCUCUGAGCAUUCAAUGUCUAGCACACCUUUGACUACAGGGGAAAAGAACAGAAACUCAAUUAACUAUGAACGACAGCAAGCACAAGCUCGAAUCCCCAGCCCUGAAACAAGUGUCACCAGCCUGUCCACCAACACAACCACCACAAACACCACUGGCCUCACUCCAAGCACUGGCAUGACCACUAUAUCUGAGAUGCCAUACUCAGAUGAAACAAAUCUUCAUGCCACAAAUAUUUCACAGCCAAUUGGGCCAACCCCUGUCUGCUUACAGCUGACAGAAGAAGACUUGGAGACCAACAAGCUAGACCCAAAAGAAGUUGAUAAGAACCUCAAGGAAAGUUCUGACGAGAAUCUCAUGGAGCAUUCUCUUAAACAGUUCAGUGGGCCAGACCCACUGAGCAGUACCAGUUCUAGCUUGCUUUACCCACUAAUAAAGCUUGCAGUAGAAGUGACUGGACAGCAGGACUUCACACAGGCUGCCAAUGGCCAAGCAUGUUUAAUUCCUGAUGUCCCACCUGCUCAGCUCUAUCCUCUCCCCAAGCAACAGAACCUUCCUAAGAGACCUACUAGUUUGCCUUUAAACACCAAAAAUUCAACAAAGGAGCCCCGUCUGAAAUUUGGCAGCAAGCACAAAUCCAAUUUGAAACAAGUAGAAACUGGAGUUGCCAAGAUGAAUACAAUUAAUGCUGUAGAACCUCAUGUGGUUACAGUCACCAUGAAUGGUGUGGCAGGUAGAAACCACAGUGUUAACUCCCAUGCUGCUGCUGCUCAAUAUGCCAAUGGGGCAGUACCAUCUGGCCAGACUGCCAACACAGUGGCACUUAGGGCCCAAGAAAUGCUGCAGAAUCAAUUCAUUGGUGAGGAUACCAGGCUGAAUAUUAACUCCAGCCCUGAUGAACAUGAACCUUUAUUGAGGCGAGAGCAACAGGCUGGCCAUGAUGAAGGUGUUCUGGAUCGUCUUGUGGACAGGAGGGAACGUCCACUGGAAGGUGGCCGAACUAAUUCUAAUAACAACAACAGUAAUCCAUGUUUAGAGCAAGUUGUUCUUGCACAGGGUGUUCCAAGCACAGUAGCAGAUCCUGGACCAUCAAAACCCAGAAGAGCACAGAGGCCUAAUUCUUUGGAUCUUUCAGCCACAAAUGUUCUUGAUGACAGUGGUUUGCAAUUAGGUGAGUCAACACAAGAUGGCAAAACAGGAUCUGGUGAAAAGAUCAAGAAACGUGUGAAAACUCCUUAUUCUCUAAAGCGGUGGCGCCCUUCCACCUGGGUUAUCUCCACUGAACAACUGGACUGUGAGGUCAACAACAAUGGCAGUGACAGAGCAGUUCAUUCCAAAUCUAGCACCGCUGUUUACCUUGCAGAAGGAGGCACUGCUACAACCAUGGUGUCUAAAGAUAUAGGAAUGAACUGUCUGUGAAAUGUUUUCAGGCCUAUGGAGUGAAAUUAUUUUUUGCAUCAUUUAACACGCAGAAGACUUUUUUUUUAAAAACUGCUUUAUCUUCCUGUCAGUACCCCUCCCACCCCUACAAUAAGGACUUGCUUUAAAUAGAUUUCAGCUAUGCAGAAAAUUUAGCUUAUGCUUCCAUAUUUUUUAAUUUUGUUUUUUUAAGUUUUGCACUUUUGUUUAGUCUUGCUAAAGUUAUAUUUGUCUGUUAUGACCACAGAAUUAUAUGAGUGUGUAUCAAAAGUGGUCUCAAAAUAUUUUUUUAAGAAAAAAAGCAAAAACAAUGUAUUACUGAUAAUCAGUUUGAAACAGUUUCUAAAGGUCAUUAAAACAGAAGCAGAUUAAGACAGGUUUGACUUCAGUGGUGUCUGGUAUCCAUAUUUUAUUUCUGGGCACAAGCUAGUUUAUUUUAUAUGUUGUUAUGUUCCUAACAUAUUAUCUGUUGAACAUUCUUUUCCCUUGUGUUUUGUUUGAAUGUGCAAUAGUCUGUAGGCCACAAAUAAGCUUUCUUGUAAGCUCUCUUCCUAAUAGAGCACACAUUCUUCCAAAAUAUGAACAUUUUUCUCCCCCAUACUUCUGUCAGGUCUGCUCUAUAGACCGUGAAUUUUGCAGAAGAGAAACCAGAUUUUUUGCUUUCUCUCUCUUUAUGAAAAAUGCAGAAACAUUGUCUCAAAGGGCUGUAAAGAUGGAACUACCAAACCUAAUCUGAAAUGCUUUUAACCUUCCAAAUCCUAAACAUUUCCUUCCAGGCAUUUUAAUAAACAUAUUUGGUUCUGGUUUUGGAAGUUUAUAAGAGAGCAUAGAACAAAAUAGAAGUCAAAUAUUAACCUUUUCUCUUUUAUUUUAUUUUUAUAUGUAAUAUUUCAUUUUCAUUUAUUUAAGAAGCACAUUUUUAUCAGAAAACUUAUAUAGCUAUACUUAUAUGGAAUUUUUAAGUAGGUAGAUGGUUAAGGCAAUAUAGUGUUAUAUCCUUUAUUCUCUGAGUAAGCAAUCUUUGACUCAAAUAAAAUUACAUUUCCUGUUCAAAAUAACUUCAGAAGUAAUCCAUAGUUUUGAUCCUGUAGUAUCUUUAUAUCCUCUUCCCAAGCAAAGCCUGGUGACUGUCUGAAAAAGAUUCCUCUCCUCUUCCCAUGACCUAAAACGCUGUGUGGAAAAAAUCAUUCGACUGGCGUGCCAGAUCCCUGCAAAAGGAAGGAUUGCUGCCAAACCUGUCAUCUUUGAGCAGCUGGAGACUUACCUCUCUCUUCUCAAAACUGUUUUUUUACUACUCCUAUUUUCAUAAUUUCUCCUUUUGCCAAUAUUCACAUGAUUUUUUGAUAUAUGAGCAGCAUUUAUUAUUUAUAUUAUAUUGGAAUAUACCUUUUAGUGAUAACAUGUUAUGUAUCUUUCAAGUCAUACUUUUUUAAAGCUUCUUUUGCUUCUUCAUUACUUAUAAUCUUCUCUAAAACAACAACCUCUGCAUGUUUUUUUUUAAAUAAAGCACUUUAUGUCAAGUAAGGGACUUUUUUUAUAAGCACAAAUUAUUUUCUAUCAAUUUGCAAACAGUGAUAAUCUUACUUAUUUUUUACAGAUUCUUGGAGUACUUGGUACUCAUUAUCUAAUUAAGUUCUAGGACUUCUCUGGGGGAUAAAAAGCUAAGAGAAAAACAAAAAUCUCCUGAAAAAUAUUUUCUUACUCGUAUUCCUCUGUCAUCAUUUAGUUAAAAACAGCCUAUAUUUCCAAAUUUGCUGUCCAAAAUCCUUAGGACUUAUAGAUAAGCCUUCUUUUGUUUGCCAUCUACUAGAAUCUUGAGUUAGAUAUUGUAGCACUUAGCUUUUAUUCAGCUAGAUUGCUGAACACAGUUUUGAAUUCUUAGCUAAGAUUCUUUUAUUAAUGCCCAGUAUUUCCACCUUUUAUGUUUCAUUGGCCCUUAUUUUGAUUCAGAACUUUAAUAUAUGUUCAAUCUUCUGGCAUAAAGUUAGUUAUUUAGUUAACUCCAUUUAGUUAACUAUUUUAUCACAUAACAAAUUAUUCAUAUCUUCCCCAGUAAAUUUUCACUUAGUUUCCUUGACUUUCAGUGUGUAUUUCAGGAUAUUAUUUUCAAACAUUUAUAGGACAUCUUUGAAUAAAAAUAAAUGAUAGUCCUCCAAUUAGAAGCACUGAGGGUAAGUGACCAUUUGAGAUCUAACUGAUUUUUUCCUCACAGAGGAAGAGUUAUGUUUCAUUCUACUAUACUUUGUAUUUGGGCUACUUGAUUGUAAGUUUUCCAACAUUUUUUGAUGUUUAGUAAUAAAAUACUUUUAAAAAUUAAUGUACCAAAUUUAAAGAACUCCGUAUAGUAUCACAUUUAAUGCAAACAUGUUUAAAAUAAAUAAUUUCUUCCCCAGUUUUUUAGUAGACUCUUAAAAAAGUAGUAAAGUAUAAAUCAUUUUAAUAAAUUUUAAAUUAAAUUGUACAUCAGACUGAUUUAAUUUUAGAAUCUGUUUAUAAUAUACAAACACGUAAAAUUACUUAAAAUACUUGCCAAUUUUAUUCAUUUAAUGUUUCUUAAAGCUAAUGAUUUAAAACUGCUAUCACAAUAUUUUACAUGUAUAAAAACAUUUGAUUCCUUUUGAAUUAAAGGCUAUUAAUGAAAAACAUUAAAUUAAUUUGUAAGAGAGUAUUACAACCUUCAAAGCAUAAUAAUAGAUAAUCAAAGUCUAAUAUUCCCUUAACUAUUGUAAUUGUAUACCACAACUUAGCCACUCAAAAAACUUGAUUUGAAUUGUGUUUAGACAAAAAUGAUUUAAUUAUUCAUAAAAAUGUUUCCCAUUUUUAAAUGCAUAAUUGGGGGGGAAACCCUAAUAUAAAAAAGUUUUGGGAAGAUGCAGGAGUGAAAUGUCCUAAUUGACCAUUUGUUGUAUGCUGAAUGUUGGGCUAUACAAACACUAUCUUUUAGUUCUCAUAGCAACCAUGGAAGGAUUAUAGUUAAUAUGUCCUGUUUACUGAUGAGCAAACUGAAGCGAGGAGAAACUUAGCAGUUUGCCCUAGGUCAACAUCUGGUAAUAGACAAAGAUGGAUUUUAACCUAGGUUUGCCUCUCUCCACAUCUCUCAUCCAUACCAUAUAGCCUACAUACUGUAUGACAGGAUGUAUAAUGUACUGACAUUUUGUAAGAAAUCUAGUCAUUAUACUCCAGUCAUUAUACAGUUGGGGCUUGUAUAUAAGCAAGUCCAGAUACCUUAAUGACUUUAAAAGUUAGGCAGCCAUAGAAGGUGUAUAGAUUUAUCUAUGCUGAUUGUUGCUUGAGAAAUAAUUACUAAUUUAAGACAAAAUUCAAUCCCAUAUCUGCCAUCAUGAUCUUAAAAUCAUUUCACUUCUCUUCACUCAUAACAUUCUUAUAUUGAAUAACUAAGGUAAAAUAAAUGUUAAGGAUAAAGUGAAGGUGGCUUAUAGGAACAGAGACUUUUUCAUAAAUCGAUUCCGUACUUGAUUUGGAGGAAUUAAUUUAACAUGGACUUUUAGUUUCAUCAGUCCUUUGACUCCAUCUUGAAAAUUUCUGCUUUUAGUGACUUUUGAAAAUUUUACUAGUCCAGAAAACAAAUUGAGGUGGAUGUAGGAAGGAUACAAGGAUAAUGUCCUUCUAAUAAAACAAUUUGUAUUGUUUCCUUACGUGUAUCUGCAUAUUCCAGAAAAUGUACAUUGGUUUUGAAUGUGAAAACAAAGAAAGGUAGGAACACUCAAAUAUGUGUUUCCAUGGUAAUUACCACAAAAUUUGAUGAGUGUUUUUAUUUAAAAUAUUUUCAAAUUUAGCUUCUAAAGCUACAUGGGAUACCUGAUAGGCUGAAGCUAUUUACUGUCCAUUCUCUGUAAACCUCUCUUUUCAAAGUCAUUUAAAAUAGAAAUUUACUUUAAUAAACUUUUUGUUUCUUUUUUCAUAUUUAUAGAAAUGAAUAUUUAAUUGGAGGUAGUUCCUAAAAUUUGAGAUUCCUAAUAUUUCUAUACAACUUUUAAAUAUUUAUGUUGAACUUAUUACCAGUGAAGUACAGGCAAUUACAUUAAUUAUUCAGAUUGCUUUAUAUAUUACUUUCUCUCCCAAGCUACUCCUUAAAGUUACAAUCAACAUUAGUUGAUUAUCUAGACCAGUUAACUCUAGAAAUUGCAUAACAUUCCCACAUAUACCCCAGAAGUCUUUUCAGACUAGGGUAUUCCUAAAUAUUCAUACCUUUUACUGUCAGUUUGCUCUUCAGUAGAUAUUGCAUUUUAACUUUUAGAUUCUGAACUUUGCAAACUUUAGCCAAAACUACCUUGCAUGACCAUUCCUAAAUAUAGUCCCUGAUUAAAUAAAUCUGGCAGAUCACAGUUGAGUUAGUUACACAAACGUUACUAUCAAAAGAAGGCUUUUUCACAGGUUCCCAGAUUAAACCAAUAGAAGAAAUGGUUCUCUAGUGCACCUAAACAUUACUUUCCUUCAAUCACAUCUUAGUUUGUGUCUGAUUUAUUCUAUCCCUUUGUUAUGUGACUCACAAUCUUCUGUAUCAGGAAAGUUUUUUUUCCUAUCUGUUCUGCUUCUCUCCUGUUUUCAUUUAUACCCAUUUCUCUUAUCCAGUAGUAAAAACAAAAAAAGCCAUAGGCUAUCCUCUUCAACAUUGUUAUUCUUCCAUAUGCUUCAGGCUUCUCAAUCCUUCAGUCUCAGUUCUUCAGACAAAAUUGUUUUAGUUUCUUUAGCAUUUUAUCCUCAGUCCUAUUUUAAUAAUUUUAUAUUUAAGAACACUAAAAUUAUAGUUUAUGUUAUAUUCAAAUUUAUUACUCCGGUUAAUAGUUCAAUAAGAUAGAACUGAGAAUUAGGAUGUUACCAUUUGACAAUGGAGCCAUUAAAUUGUCAGCAAAUCACCUAAUUUUUGUAUCAUCUAACAUUUUCUGUUAAAUUGUUGAGUUUUAGAUUUUAUAUUCUAAUUAGUUAUAACUAAAAAGCCAUGCAUACAGAAUUGUAUAUCAUUUCAUCUAUAUUGCAGCAAGCUUAGCAUUAUGAUUGAGCCACAUAAAACAUGUGUUUUACAUAUUUAUUUGUAUCAAAUAUUAAACACAAAGUGCAACAUUAACUUUCAAAAGCAAAUCCUACAAUAAUCAGGUAUUAUCUAUGAACAUUUUUGCAGACCACUUUUGAAAUACUUAUCAUUGUUUUGCAACAUAGACUAGACCAUAACAGCUUUCAUUUAAUUCUUAAGUGACUGGUUAAAGUUGAGUGUUUGUGAAUAUAAAGUAAAAUUUAGGAUUUUAUCUCAUGGCUGAUGCAUUUGAAAGUAAAUAUGUCAGAAGAAUUUAUGCUGUGUAUUAAAAUUAUGCCCAAAAUAAAUCUAUCAUAUCUUAAAAAUUCCAAUUCUGUUAUUACUUGAUGUUUGUAGUGUUAUUAUUAAACAUGUGACAGUCAUUUUUUAAACUUAUUUUGAAACCCAGAUUUUAAAAUCUGAGUAAGAGAGGAGGAAUCUUUAGAAACAAAUAACAUCAUUAGAGUGUCCAGUUUAUGACUGAAUUUUAAAGCAAAUAACUUUUAAACUACAACUUGGUUUUCUGUUGUUUUAAAAGGUAAUAUGUUUUAUUUUUAUGUUAUUUGUACUUUUAAGAUUUCAGAAACAUCUUCCUGUUUAGACUCACUCUAAAGACAUAUUACUUAAAAACUCAGGGCCCCUUUCAUCCCUUUGCACAUUGCAAAACUUCAACUAGUAGUAAACAAGCAAUUAGAUCCAGUUGACUAUUUAAAGUGCUUAUUGUACACACAGUUCAUUUAAUGUUUCAUAUUAUAAUUUUACUUAAUUUACAUAGACACAAUAUCAUUAAGCAGAAAAACAUGCCCAGUUCUACAAUUACUGAAGAGAGAUGGAAAUGAUUCAACUACUUGGCUACAUGUAGCACCAUAUUUAGGUCUUAGAAUUGAAGCACCAUCCUCAAACCAUUCAUGUUCUUUGGUCAAAUGGUUGUACAUGAUGGGACAAAUUAUUUUAUUUUAUUUUUUUAAUGGAAGAACUUAGUAAGGUAGUUCCUCUGAGAUAACGUUUUCUCAGGAGGUAAUUUAACAUUAUAAAACUCUUCUAAAAGUGAAUUGUUGAGUUUGUGGCUUUAGUAACAGCUUAGGUGAUUUUGAGAAGGUAACUUAUGAUAACCUAUUUAUCCCAUUGUUAGAGCCAAAUGAAAUUUUUCUUUAAAAGGUAAGUUCAGGCCCCAAAUUGGUAUGGUAUAUACUUAAAAUCCUAGCAGUAAAAUUAUUUGUAACCAGUCUCUUGUCUCAGGCUCUCCACCUUAUUACCAAUCCUUGUAAGUGUGGUAGGGAAACACAUUUUUAAAAAAUUUUAACAAUAAGAGAAAACUAAAUUACUAAAAGAUGCAAUUCAAAGAUAGGUCCUAGUUUAACAUUGAAUUGCUUGGCUUCUGUGGCUUCUCUUUUUCUGGUCACAUUUAUUUAUUUAAACAGUUUUUUUAUGCCUUGUUGUCAUGGAGAUUAUAUUGUAUAAGUGUUCGUAUAAGCUGGAAUCAUCCUUAAUCUUCUGUUGAUAGUUUUCAAAUGAAGAUAAGUGAAUAAUUGUAAAAUACACUAACUUAGGGUGUUGUAGCUGAAACACGGAGAUGUGUAGCUGCCAUGCUUUUCUGAACAGACAUGAGAGAGAAGCUACAGAGUAUUCAUUUCUGAGGAUGCUUUUCUGGAAUAAGAAAGGCUGAAAAAUAUUGUCAGUUCCUCAGAACCCUCUUUCUUGUUAACGGGUAUCUUUUGUUGGUGUGUUUUUCUCUUACAGAUAAGAUAUCAUAUAUGAAUUUAUGAAUAAUUUCAGUUAUUUUGCUUUUGUAUAGCUGUCUGAGACCUUGCUAUGCUGUAUAAGUUGUGUUUGAUGGGUCAGUGUAUGAAAUAAAGCAAAUCACUUUUCUUUUGUAUUAUCUAUGGAUGCCACUAUGAAAGCUGACAUUAAGCCACUAAAGAGUUUUCUAUGAAUAAUUGUAAGUAACGCUUUGAUAUAUAUAAACCUAAACAAAAAGAUUGUAUUGAUAUAGAGACAUUGGAGAAGGAGAUUUUAAGACAGUUCUUUAGGUUUAAAAAAGGCUUGCUGUAAAUGGUGCAUUAUUCCAUUUAUUAAAGAUCAUAUUAAUGACAACAGUAA